AUGGAAGACCCCUUGGACUUCCAUCCUGCUCUGGACGGGUUCCGCUUCGUGGACGUGAUCGGCCGGGGCGGCUUUGGCCUGGUGAAGCUGGCCCGGCACCUGGCGUCGGGCAAGUACGUGGCAGUGAAGAUCCUCCUGCGAGACUGCUCUCCCAGCAGCCCGCUGUCCGCGCAGGGGGAGGCAGCCAUCCUGAGGAGCCUGCGGCAUGACAACAUCGUGCGGCUGCUGGAGGAGCGGCACACGAGGACGCACCUGUUCCUGGUCAUGGAGCUGGCGACCAAGGGCUCGCUCCAGAGCUACGUGUUUGAGCAGGGCGGCCUGGCUGAGGCCGAGGCCAGGAUCCUGUUCGGCCAGGCGCUGGCCGCCGUGAGCUACUGCCAUGCCCAGCGCGUGGUGCACCGGGACCUCAAGCUGGGCAACCUGCUGCUGGACGAGCACAUGACCAUCAAGCUGGCGGACUUCGGCCUGAGCCUGCGGCUGGAGCAGGGCACGCUGGUAAGGGGCUUCUGGGGGACCCCCGAGUACUGCGCACCGGAGGUUUUCCUCGGGGAGGCCUAUGACGCUUUUAAGGCUGAUGUGUGGAGCCUGGGGGUGGUGCUGUUUGCCAUGCUGGCGGCCACGCUGCCCUUCCGCGGCAAGGACACGGAGGAGCUGCAGGACACGGUGCUGUGUGCCUGCUAUGUGCUGCCGCGUGCCGUCAGCCCGGCCCUGCGGGAGCUGCUGGCUUGGCUGCUCACUGUCGACGCCUCGGGGAGGCCCAGUGCGGAGGACGCCACAACCCACUGGUGGUUCGAUCCCGGCCAAGAAGCUACCCAGGAGGAGAAGGAGGCCGCUGUCACCCUGCUGCAGCCCCUGGGCGUUCCCCGGGACUCAGAGGCCAAGGAGUACCUGGCGGGCCUCGGCCUGCUGCCAGGCACGGGGACUGAGGGGACGCCAGGCCCUCAGCCCCAGGGCCCUGCAUCCCUGCCCAAGUCCUCACAGGGCGGGGAGCGCCUCACCAGAGAGAAGGACCAUUUGUCUCUGGUGUCGGUGUCCUGUGACAGCAUGUCCGUGGAAAUUUCCUCCGCACGAAGCGACUCCUCCGAGGCCUCUAGCCAGCCACAGCAGGAGAGGAGCCCUGCUCCCAGCGCCGCCCCCAACUCCUCCCAGGCCUCCAGCCAGCCACAGCAGGAGAGGAGCCCUGCUCCCAGCGCCGCCCCCAACUCCUCCCAGGCCUCCAGCCAGCCACAGCAGGAGAGGAGCCCUGCUCCUAGUGCCAACCCCAACUCCUCCCAGGCCUCCAGCCAGCCACAGCAGGAGAGGAGCCCUGCUCCCAGCACCACCCCCAACUCCUCCCAGGCCUCCAGCCAGCCACAGCAGGAGAGGAGCCCUGCUCCCAGCGCCGCCCCCAACUCCUCCCAGGCCUCCAGCCAGCCACAGCAAGAGUGGAGCCCUGUUCCCAGCGCCGCCCCUGAGCCAGCCUCCGAAGCGUCGCCCUCCAGCCCCAGUGCCGGGAGCCACGUGGACCUUGCAGAGCCAGAAGCCGCCGCCGCCACAGCCCGUGAGCCCAAGGAUGCUGACACCACAGACACCAAGGCCAGCGCCCAGGGCAAGAGGCAGGGCCGUCGCGGGGUCGGCAGGAGGAUCCUCCGGUUCCUGCUGAGGGCGUGCUGCAUCCUGCCGUCCCGAGGGAGCAGCCCUGGCAGCUGCUGCAGAGUGGUCCCCAAGUAGCCUCGCCCCGCCCCCGUCUCCAGGAGCUAUCCGCUGAGCUGACUGAACUUUUCUUGAGCAUUUGCACAUGCUUCUCAUGAAUAAAAUUCACCAUGUGUGCA